AUGUACCGCCUCGUGACGGGCUUUGUCGCCCACCUCAUGCAGAAACAAGAGUACUCGGUCCUCAUCAUGGGCCUCGACAACGCCGGCAAGACGACCUUCCUCGAGAAGGUCAAGAGCACCUUCAACCGCACGGCCGACAUUGACCCCAAGAGCAUCGCGCCCACGAUCGGACAGAACAUCGGGCGGAUCACGCUCUCGUCGACCGUGCUGCAGUUCUGGGACCUCGGCGGGCAACGCGACAUCCGCAGCAUCUGGACCAAGUACUACGCCGACUGCCACGCCGUCGUCUUUGUCAUCGACUCGACCGACAAGGAGCGGAUAGAGGAGUGCUGGGCCGUCUUUGAGACGAUCGUGACGGACCACCGCGUCGACGGCGUCCCGACGCUCGUGCUCGCCAACAAGCAGGACUGCGAGGGCGCCAUGGCCGUCGAGGACAUCAAGCAAAUGUUCAACCGCCACAUCGUCGACAAGCUCGACGUGAGCGAGAGCGCCGUCCUGCCCAUCUCUGCGCUGCGAGGAGACGGCAUUCGAGAGGCGGUCGACUGGCUUUUCCUGCGAGUGCAUCACGCGUGCCCGUUCCUGCGCCAGUCGCCCGUCGCGGCCCUGCGCUCCUACUCGACCCAGCGCUCGCUCGUCCCCGCCCCCGGCGGCAACCGCCUCGCCGAGCUCGCGUCGACCCAGUGCCCGCUCAUGCGCACCGCCCUCGUCCACACCCAGCGCAACGUCGCCCCCGCCGCCGCCCACGGCCUCCACACGCGCGCUGCCGACGCCACCACCACCACCACCACCGAGGCCAACCACCUGUCGCUCAAGAAGUCGUCGUCGUCGUCGCCUGCCCGUGGCUACGCGUCGGUCGCCGAGGUCGAGCAGGACGCCCUGCGCCGCGCCGUCGACCCGAGCGGCGCCGAGCAGGUCGGCGCCCCCUCGUUCGUCAACCCGGCGUCGACGACCGACUCGCCGUCGUCGGCGGGCAGCAGCGCGGCCACCCAGGACGGCGCGUCGCAGCAGCAAGCGCACGCGUCGGACCGCCCGACGUGCGCGCUCGGGUUCGCCAAGCACAACGUGACGAGCCAUAGACCCGGCUUCGACUACGAGGCCUUCUACGGCAGCGAGCUGGCGAAGAAGCACCAGGACAAGUCCUACCGCUACUUCAACAACGUCAACCGGCUCGCUGCCAAGUACCCCGUCGCCCACACGGCCAACAAGGCCGAUGAGGUGACCGUGCACUGCUCCAACGACUACCUCGGCAUGGGCAGGCACCCCGUGACGCUCGCGGCGAUCCACGAGACGCUCGACACGUACGGCGCCGGCGCGGGCGGGACGCGCAACAUUGCCGGCAACGGCGCCAUGCACCUCGCGCUCGAGGCCGAGCUCGCGCAGCUGCACCACAAGCCGGCGGCGCUCGUCUUCAGCUCGUGCUACGUCGCCAACGUCGAGACCUUGUCGACGCUCGGCGCCAAGUUGCCCGGCUGCGUCAUCCUGUCGGACGAGAUGAACCACGCGUCCAUGAUUCAGGGCAUGCGGCACUCGCGCGCGCCCAAGGUCAUCUUCAAGCACAACGACCUCGCCGACCUCGAGCGCAAGCUGCAGCAGCUCCCCGUCGACGUGCCCAAGCUCAUCGCGUUCGAGUCGGUCUACUCGAUGUCGGGCACGGUCGGGCCCAUCAAGGAGAUCUGCGACCUCGCCGACAAGUACGGCGCCCUGACGUUCCUCGACGAGGUGCACGCCGUCGGCAUGUACGGCCCGACGGGCGCCGGCGUCGCCGAGCACCUCGACUGGGCGCAGAACGCGCUCGGCGGCGCAAAGGGCAACGUCAUGGACCGCGUCGACAUCAUCACGGGCACGCUCGGCAAGGCGUACGGCGUCGUCGGCGGCUACAUUGCCGGCAGCACCCGGUUCGUCGACAUGGUGCGCUCGUACGCGCCCGGCUUCAUCUUUACGACGUCGCUCCCGCCGUCGACGGCGGCCGGCGCGCGCGCGUCGAUCGCGUACCAGCGCGAGCACCUCGGCGACCGCCAGGGGCAGCAGCGCAACGUCGCCAAGGUCAAGCGCGACCUGACGGCGAUCGGCAUCCCCGUCAUCCCCAACCCUUCGCACAUUGUGCCCCUCCUCGUCGGCAACGCCGAGCUCGCCAAGCGCGCGUCCGACCUCCUCCUCACCAAGCACAAGCUGUACAUCCAGAGCAUCAACUUCCCGACCGUGUCGGUCGGCGACGAGCGCCUGCGCAUCACGCCGAGCCCGCUCCACACGGACGCCCAGCUCGCCGACCUCGUCAACGCGCUCGACAGCGUGUGGGACGAGCUCGGCCUCAAGCGCACGAGCGAGUGGGCGGCCCAGGGCGGCCACUGCGGCGUCGGCCUCGACGCUGUCGAGGGCGCAAAGGCGCCCGAGGUCGUCAACCUGUGGACCGACGAGCAGCUCGCGUUCGCCGACCUCGACGCGGCGCGCAAGGCGGCCAAGGCGGCCGUGGGCGCCAAGGGCGACGCCGUGUGGGCCGCGAGCGAACUGACCCUCGCACUCGUCCCUCCCCUCGUUCCCCCUCGUCGCGCUCCCCCCUUCCCUCGUGGCAACAACCUCCCCUCGAACGACCGCGCCGCCGCCCAGUCUUCUUCUACUGCUCCUGCCGGCCUCCGCGAGGUCUUCAUCGUCGGUGCUGCCCGCACCCCGGUCGGCUCGUUCCAGGGCGCGCUCAAGGCUGCCUCGGCCGUCCAGCUCGGCGUCGCCGCCGUCAAGGGCGUCCUGAGCCAGUCCAAGGUGCCCGCCGACCAGGUCGAGGACCUCUACUUUGGCCAGGUCCUCCAGGGCGGCUCGGGCCAGAGCCCGGCCCGCCAGGUCGUCAUCGGUGCCGGUCUCCCCGAGUCGACCGAGGCCACCACCGUCAACAAGGUCUGCGCUUCGGGCAUGAAGGCUGUCAUGCUCGCGUCGCAGAACAUCCAGACGGGCCAGCGUGACCUCAUGGUCGCGGGCGGCAUGGAGAGCAUGUCGAACGCGCCGUUCUACAUGCCCCGCACCCCGGCCACCUUUGGCCACGUGCAGGCGCUCGACGCCAUCGUCAAGGACGGCCUCACCGACGUCUACGGCGACUACCCGAUGGGCAACUGCGCCGAGGAGACGGCCAAGAAGCACCAGAUCACGCGCGAGGACCAGGACAAGUACUGUCUCGAGUCGUACCGCAAGGCGGCCGACGCGUGGAAGGCCGGCGCGUUCAAGAACGAGAUCGCGCCCGUCACGCUCUCGACCCGCGCCGGCGACGUCGUCAUCUCGGAGGACGAGGAGUACAAGAAGAUCAAGCCCGAGAAGGUGGCGAGCCUCAAGCCCGUCUUCAAGAAGGACGGCACCGUGACGGCCGCCAACGCGUCCAACCUCAACGACGGCGCCUCGGCACUCGUCCUCGCGAGCCAGGACAAGGUCAGCGAGCUCGGCCUCACCCCGCUCGCCAAGGUCGUCGCCUUUGCCGACGCCGCGUGCGCCCCGAUCGACUUCCCGAUCGCGCCCGCAAAGGCCAUCCCGGCCGCGCUCAAGCGCGCCGGCAUCACGAUCGACCAGGUGGCCAAGUUCGAGGUCAACGAGGCCUUCUCGGCCGUCGCCAUUGCCAACCAAAAGAUCCUCGACAUCCCGACCGACAAGCUCAACGUGUCGGGCGGCGCCGUCGCGCUCGGACACGCGCUCGGGUCGUCCGGCAGCAGGAUCAUCGUCACGCUCGUGCACCUCCUCCAGCCGGGCGAGUACGGCGUUGCCGGCGUCUGCAACGGCGGCGGCGGUGCCUCGGCCAUCGUCAUCCAGCGCCUCUAA